AUGUGGCCCAGUGGCAGCGGUGGCGGUGUACGAAACUCGAACUCUUCUUCCGCAAUGUCUAGUUCCGCAUCCAGUGGCGCCAAUGUUAAUUCAGCAACUGGUUCCGGCAGUGGUGCUGCGACGGGAUCUCAGCCAUCAUUCAGUGGGGUACGGGUAAAUUAUCAGCGUGGAGGCACAGGGAAUCAGCAGCGAUGGCUCGAUCAUCAUCAAGGGCAGCAGUGGAGUGCACAAAGUGCGCAGUGGGGACCACAUGUCGCAGGUGGUCCAAACUCAGCCCACCCAUGGCCACUUGCAGCUGCUACACAACAGUGGGCAAAUACACCAUCGCCGAAUACGGGGACAGGUGCUUCUACAUAUGCCGAACACGCCAAGAAAAAUAUGGUAGGACGUGGUAGUCAAAGUCAGGUGCAGGGACGAUACGAACAACAACAGCAACAACAGCAGCAGCAGCAGCAACAAUGGAAUCAAGUAAAAGUAGAUCAGCAGACUCCCUGGGAUACGAGUAGUUUGACAGGCUUUAGUAGUAUACAUGCUACCAGUGAUGGGAAAUUAUCAACAGCCGAAUGGGGAUCAACCGGAGCACCGAAUACACGUUGGGCUCCACUCACUACUCAGUGGCCUGUACAUGCUGCAGCUACAUCAACUGCUGCAGGCUCCGACUGGGCUACGGCUGCAGCAGUUGUGGCUGCUGCAGCUGCGGCACAUCAUCGUCACGAUGCUACAGCAGCACCAUGUACCGGCACUACGAUAGCAACUCAUCCAGCGACUACAGCACUGCCACCGCAAGUUGGGGCAGCUUGGGGCCAAAACCCGACAAUCGGGCAGCAGCCAUCAGCCUCUGCAUUACCAAAUCUCAAUGAACAGUACGACCCAAAUCCUCAAACGCCUGGUCCAUGGGUUGCCCCGCAACCGCAAGAAAUGAAUAACGAUAUGAUGUGGCAUGAUCCAAAUCCGAAGCAAAAGAAGGUGCAACGUGAUACUGGCACUGCGAUUUGGGGUGACCCAAGUCAACAACCUGUAGAAAUUAAGCGUUGGAAAGAUGCCGAAGUUGAUGAUUAUUCUCACAUACAAAGCGCAAUGCCGAGCGGUGGUGAUUGGAACGUCAUUGCGAUAUCAUCGAAUGGUAGCGCCGUUUGUACAAGCGUCAACGGCGCUAUUAGUGGUCCUGGUACAGGACAUGCAACGAGUUCGUGCUGUUCAGCAACUGGAACAAACGUUUCAACUCCAACGACAACUGGUAAUGGGCCAUGGCCAGAAGGCUCCCAUCCAGAACCUGUAUCAUCAUCGGGACACCAAGAACGAUGGCAGCAACAUCCCAGUGCAUGGGGUGAUAAGCUCGAUAAUGUUGGUGAUAACCAUCAUCCACCAGAUCUGGUAUCUAGACCUCCUUCUGUGGGUGGCAUUGGGAUGCAUGGUUUACUAGAUAAUGCAGUGAUUAGGCCUGAUAUUGGAGUCGGCGGUAUUACAGGCACAACACCGUAUAUCUCACUUACACAGCAGAUUGCUGAUCGGAUCCGAAUUGCGGUUAGUAAAGGUCUAAUCGAUGUUUCGAUGCUUAAUCGUCCUUUGCCGCAGCACGCUUUGGUUAUCUUAAAUGCUCUUCUUCAAAAAUUUCCUAAACUUGAACAAGCUCAGCAGGAAUACCAGCAAGUGAUGCGUGCAAUGAGUAGCCCAGCGCAGAAGGUUGAAUCAGAGCGCCUAGCAGUAGAAAUAAAUGGCUUACAACGUGAAAUUGUACAGCUACGGAAUGCACUGAAUGAGCACUUGAAAGGUCGUUCAAAUACGCUAAUUAAUGGUACUUUAGCACCUUCACAGCAACAAGAUGGGCAAAGCCGUCUACAGCAAUGGAAACAGGCGAAUACAACAAAUAUGCAAGAUUGCAUCAGUGAUAAGAUGUGUGCACCUUCAUCAGAUACGAAUGUUUCGGGUCUCAUUGCCGGCACACAGUUAUUGACAAUAGAAGGAAAAAUUGAUUGGAAAGUUGGUAAUUUAGACUGGUCGCCACCACCAUCCGGAACUGGAGACAAAGCUGCCGAUAUUACCGACAAAGAUGAUCCAAGUAGCAAUUCCGGUGAGAAGCAACACCAAGGAACCUCGUCAUCAACUAAUCAGUCUUGUAAUGGUACUCCAACACCACAGCAAUCUCAGACACAAGCGCAAGCAGCUCCAGUCGACGAUGGGCCACAGGAAUUUGUUCCGGGGAAGAAAUGGGAAUGGAGGGAUCCAAAUAAGGUAGCGGAGGACCCAAAUGCAACUCCAGGCACAUGUAAACCAAAUCCAUUGCUGACAACUGGUUCCACUGCUCAACCUUUCUAUUUAUACAAUAGUAAUACGAAUAACAGCUCACCACAAGGUAGUACUGCCACCAAUGCGUCAAAUGCUAUAACAACAACGGCUAAUUACUUAAAUGAUCUACAGACUAUUAAUAGGAGUCCAAGUGCUGGUUAUCUAGGAUGGAACAGUGGUACUGCUAACCCAGCUGCUUUUGCUACCGGCGAUAUAUGGCCCACAGUGACAUCAGGAAACGCUGUUGUGCGACAGUCUCGAGUUACAUCUGGGCCAACGGGAGUUGGACCAUUUGGACAUGCAGCAGUACGAGGUGGGCCUGUAGGUACUACUGGACUCACUGUGGUGCCUUAUCAGCGCUCCAGUUUAAGCCUAUUUGGUCUCCAGCAGCCGCAGCAACAUCAGUGGCUUUUCAUACAGUUACAUGGAGUGAACGAAAAACAAGUGCAGAUGUUAUGUCAGAAAGUAGGCCAAGUAGUACAUGCAUUUUGUCCGCAUGGCGCUCCAUUUCUGUAUGUUAAAUUCAUAGAACCUGCUGAAGAAAUUAUCCGGCGACUAAAGGCUGAAGCUCCAUUUUUGCAAGUGAAAACUGUACCAGAAUCAGAAAUGGACCGCUUACUAAAACCACGCGCCACAUUAUCGUAUAGUGGUCCUUUGGGACCGCCUGGAACAACAGCGGAACAGUGGAUGCUUGGUACCGGUACAGUUACAGCUUUGCUACCUAACUAUUCCAAUAAUACUGAUGUACUACCACAACAAUCCAAUUUCCAUGCAUCUGAUACAGCUAGCGAUCUUACACGACCCUUUUGA